UUUUUUAGGGAGUUCCCAGCUCCCGAAGGGCUGAAACAUUUCUUCUUCUAAUCGGGGAUUUAUAUAGUCCAGGGACACCAGGGGAGUAAAAUUAACUACCAGGUAGAAAAAAAACAGAAGUGAUUUUACCCUCCAAGACCAGGAUUGGGAAUGCUAGAGUAUUUUUCGCUCUUGAAUUCUCAGUCAUGCCCCUAUGUCAUUUACAGGAAGGGCGGUGCCGUUCAGGUAAGGCAGAGUCAACACUGAACCACUGCGCCACGCAGAGGAGCUACUGUGAGCGACCAGUAAUCAGUUGGAAAACAACCGUGGAAUACAUGUGCCAAAUAAGAACAUAUUUUAUUGAAAGUAACAAGUGAGACAUUCGGAUGCAAAGUAGAUCAUUGCGCAAAUCUUGAAAGCUGUGGAAAAUAAGGAAGUCAAACGUUAGUUCUUGGUUUGGGAACAUAGAAGAACAGCAGCAUCAUGUUUAGUUGGGUGAAUAAUGAACAAGGAGGCAGAAACAAGGACGGCGAGAUGUACCAAACUGUAACGGAGGGUCUUCAACAACUUUACACCAAAAAAAUAUUACCAUUGGAAGAAACGUACCUUUUUCAUGAUUUCCAUUCACCGGCGUUGGAGGCAGCAGAUUUUCAGAGCAAGCCAAUGGUUCUACUGGUUGGACAGUAUUCUACGGGGAAGACGACGUUCAUAAGGUACCUGCUGGAGCAGGACUUCCCAGGCAUGCGGAUUGGCCCAGAGCCCACAACGGAUGGCUUCAUCGCUGUCAUGUAUGGGGAGAACGAGGGGGUUGUCCCUGGUAACGCUCUGGUGGUUGACCCCAAGAAACCCUUCCGUAAACUCAACGCCUUUGGUAACUCCUUCCUCAAUAGGUUAAUCUGUUCCCAGAUCCCUAACCAGGUCCUCCGGGGUAUUAGUAUAAUUGACACACCAGGAAUCCUGUCUGGAGAGAAGCAACGCAUUAGCCGAGGCUAUGAUUUCUCAGAGGUGCUGCGAUGGUUCGGGGAGCGGGUGGACCGCAUCAUCCUCCUCUUUGACGCCCACAAACUGGACAUAUCAGACGAGUUCUCUGAGGCCAUCAAGGCCUUCCGUGGCCAGGACGACAAGAUCCGCGUGGUGCUGAACAAGGCUGACCAGGUGGACAGCCAGCAGCUGAUGAGGGUCUAUGGAGCUCUGAUGUGGUCCCUGGGGAAGGUGAUCAACACACCCGAGGUGGUGAGGGUCUACCUGGGUUCGUUCUGGGCCAAACCCCUGCGGAACACGGAAAACCGCAGGCUCUUUGAGGCAGAGACGCAAGACCUCUUCAAGGACAUUCAGGGCCUGCCUCGGAAUGCUGCCUUACGCAAACUCAAUGACCUCAUCAAACGGGCUCGACUUGCUAAGGUGCAUGCUUACAUCAUCAGCUACCUGAAGAAAGAGAUGCCGUCGUUGUUUGGGAAGGAGAAGAAGAAGGAGGAACUGAUCAUGAGACUUCCUGAGAUCUACACCAUACUGCAGAGAGAGCACCACAUAUCCGCUGGAGACUUCCCCAACGUCGUCAAGAUGCAGGAGCAGCUCCAGCACUAUGACUUCAGCAAGUUCCCCUCCCUGAAGAUGAAGCUGAUCGAGUCUGUGGACAAGAUGCUGGCCAACAAGAUCUCCGGCCUGAUGACCAUGAUCCGCGAUGAGGAGAGCAAGGCGCCACCAGCUAUGGUGAGCGGCGGGGCCUUUGAGGGCUCCCAGGAUGGGCCCUUUGGCCAGGGCUACGGAGAGGGCAUCAGCGCCGGGUCUGACUGUGACGACUGGAUCGUGAGCCAUGACAAGCACAAGUACGACGAGAUCUUCUACUCCUUGAAUCCCAUCAACGGGAAAAUUAGUGGAGUCAACGCCAAGAAGGAGAUGAUGAGCUCCCGUCUGCCCAACACAGUCCUGGGGAAGAUCUGGAAGCUGGCGGACUGUGAUAAAGACGGCAUGCUGGAUGACGAGGAGUUUGCCCUGGCACAGCACCUGAUCAAGGUGAAGCUGGAGGGGUACGAGCUGCCCUCCGAACUACCUCAGCACCUGGUGCCUCCCGCUCACAGGAAGAACGAGGUCGCUGACAUCCUCUACAACCAUGACGCGGACUAAGGACGAGCAAAAGAAACACCAGUGGAGGACACUCCAACUCUGUGUCCCAAUGCCCAAACUCAUACAUUUAUGUAGUAUGAUAUGACGUGAUGUUUUGGCCAUGCAUACUAAGUAGUGUGCUAGUGUGAAUAUUGGGAAAUAGGCAGUGAUCCAGUCUUAACAGGAAAUAAAGCGGGGGGAAAUUUGAUUCAAAAACAAGCAGUGACCUUACUAAACUAAACUUUUUGACCCAAAGCUUUUAUUUUCAUCAAUGAAGGAUUUAUUUAAAAGAUUGACACUGCACUUUAGUUAAUUAGUGAAGGUUAGUUGUAUAAGUAUCCAGGAGCGGUGCUUACCAUACAAUGCCUACAGUACCAUUCUGCCACACAAUUUCACAAUUGUCUCAAAUAUGUUUAGUCUGUAGUCAAAAUAUAGAGAGGAAAUAUGCGGAAUUGUUUUCUUGAACAAAUACAUCCUGGGAAGCUGUCUGGGUGAGAUACAGAGGAAGUUUUCACAUGGAGAGGUUGAUGUCAUAGACUUGACAAAGGUUAGAGUGCAUCUCCUCUUGUUUUAAGUGGCUUGGCCAUUUUACCUACCGGGAAAGAGAUUUCUAUUUUCAGAGAGCACAGUCUGGUUUUGAAAAAUCAAGCAUUGAGGCAAUGGUGGUCUUUUUGCAACAAAAUAAACAGUUUGGGUAACAAAAUCAAUUUUGUCCCAUGUUUGUGUGCUUAGGACAGGAGUGGAUUCCUUGAGGACACAUCACUGAUACUCGCAACAAGUUUAUGAUUGUGCCUUUUGUAUAAGUUCUUGUCUGUAUAGUUAAGUUAAAAUGGUGCACUGUCUUGCAUAUAGAGAAACUCAAACAUUUUAAAUGUAAUAAAAAGUUAAAAUGUGUUUUUGUAACAUUUGUUAUUGAAAUAGUUUAAGUGAUAUGCAUGUUCAUCUCUUCAGCCUUAAAGCGACAGUCUGACAUUUAGGCAAUUUAAACCCUUUUUUUUCUA